AUCUCAAAAAAUUUAAAAAUCAUACACCUUCUUCCUAUUUUCUUGCUCUCUUUUUUUCCCGUUACAAUUAUUUCCAAAUCCGAACCCACAAGAGAAUUGGAGAAAAAAAAGGGAAACUUAAGGUAGUAAGUUUCAUUUGUUGUCCACACGGUGAAUUUCCACAAAGCAGCUACCACUUUUCUUGACAGCGUGUGUUUAAGGCAAAUACAGGAGGCGCCCUAAAAAGCCCUUUAUCUUCAAAAGUCAUUACUCAUACCUUGUAGGCUUCUAGAGAUGGAGAGAGAAGGGAUUGAGAAGGAGGGUCCAUUCUGAUUCAUUUGGGAAGCAUAUUGCAAGAAUCAUCUGUCUCUCUGUUUCUCUGUUUUUGGGAGAUUUUCUUGCAAAUUUCACAAGGAUUUCAUCUGUGCUGAUUAGAUGGCUUGUUUUAGUGGUUUAGGAAUCGGCUUGAGUUUUCUCUUCGGGUGCAUCUUCUUGGGCCUUGUUGCAGAAAUUUACUAUGUGCUGUGGUGGAAGAAGAGAAACACCAGCAGCAGCAGAGGGAUUGAGCAUCCGUUCUACACCAACCAUAUCAAACGGAUUCCUCAUCUGUUUCGCUGGAAAAAACCCAGUUCAGAACCUGCUUCCAAAACCCAACAAGUCACCAAUUCGUUGACGAACCCAGAUGCCAAUAACGGCCCUGAACCAGACCUUGAGUUGGGCCUAACCAAGGAUUUGCUGCAACGACACAAAGGCUAUGGGGAAGAAGGUGUGGAAGCAGAGCUGAUCAGGCUGCACAAUCUCUGUGGCCCGCCCAGGUUUCUUUUCACAAUCAACGAAGAAACGAAGGAGGAUUUGGAGUCCAAUGAUGGGAGAUCAAGAAAAGGGUCUAGAGCUAGAAGCCUCAGCGAUUUUCUUGUUUCAAUGGAGACCCCUGUUCUUACCCCUUUGGCUUCACCAACAGUGAAGGGUAAUAACAACCCGUUGGAUUCCUACAGUGGGUUCAAUCCUCUCUUUGAAUCGUUUUCGGAGGCAGAGAUUAACAAGAUGAGAUCUUCGCCCCCUCCUAAAUUCAAGUUCUUGAGGGAUGCCGAAGAGAAACUGUUGAGAAGACUGAUGGAAGAAGCACAAAAAAGGGCACUGAAUCAUUACGGGUCUGUUGUCCAAGAUUCUGCCGUGAAGGCUAAUCCCAAUUCCAAUUUGGCCGCAGAAGAGAAAGACGGUUCUUUUGUUAGGGUGGUUGUUGGCAAGAGCAAAGAGAGAGAGGCAACUGCUUCACAGGUACUUCCAUUGGCUUCAUCCCCUUCAAGAUUCAGACCCGUUGAAUUCGAUAACAAAAAUCCCGUACACCAAUAGAUCCUCAUGAAAAAUUGACAUCAAUGGGGUUUCUGCUUUUGUUGUUUUAUUUUAUUUUUUGUUUCUUAAUGUUUGUUAGAUUUACCGGUUGAUGACAUCUGUUUGCUUAGCUUAGUUUUUCUCUCUCGAAGAACAGAGGCUUGUGUGUAUUUUGGCUGUGCUGACUGCUGAGUGGAAAAUAUAGACUGUUCAAUCAAUCAGCAACAUCUUUUCAAGCAAAUUGAUAUUCUAUCCAAA